CCUCGUGUUAGCUCUGCCACCUCAUCGAGGUCUGGUAGCCCAGCUCCUCCAAAUGAUAUGCUGGGUACUCCUGUUGCAGAAAAUUGGUGUUAUACACAAGUGAAAGUUGUGAAGUUCUCGUACAUGUGGACGAUAAACAAUUUCAGUUUCUGCCGUGAAGAAAUGGGUGAAGUGUUAAGGAGUUCCACCUUUUCUUCUGGAGCUAACGAUAAAAUGAAAUGGUGUUUAAGGGUAAAUCCUAAAGGUUUAGAUGAGGAAUCAAAGGAUUAUCUUUCAUUAUAUCUAUUACUUGUUUCUUGUCACAAAAGUGAAGUUCGUGCAAAGUUCAAAUUUUCUAUCCUGAACAGCAAACGUGAAGAGACCAAAGCCAUGGAGAGCCAACGUGCGUACAGAUUCGUGCAAGGCAAAGACUGGGGUUUUAAAAAGUUCAUCAGAAGAGAUUUUCUUAUGGAUGAAACCAAUGGCCUGCUGCCAGAUGAUAAGCUAACUCUGUUUUGUGAGGUAAGUGUUGUACAAGACUCGGUGAACAUAUCGGGUCAGUCCAACAUGAUGCAGCUUAAAGUUCCUGAGUGUCGGUUGUCAAAAGAUUUUGAAACAUUAUUGGAUGAAUCACAUUUUACAGACUGCACGUUUUCAGUAGAUGGUAAAGAAUACAAAGCACACAAGGCAAUUGUAGCAGCUCGUUCCCCUGUUUUUCGUGCAAUGUUUGAGCACGAAAUGGAAGAAAGCAAAUUUAACCGAGUUGAAAUAUCUGAUAUACCACAUCAAGUCUUUAAAGAAAUGCUAAACUUUUUGUACACUGGGAAGGCAUCAAAACUUGAUGUUAUGGCAUCUCAAUUGCUAGCAGCAGCAGACAAGUAUGCUUUGGAAAGAUUAAAAGUAAUGUGCGAAGAAUCUCUUUGUUCCAACCUCUCUGUAGAAAACGUAGCAGAAAUUUUAAUUCUUGCCGACCUACACAAUGCGUGCCAACUUAAAGAGAUGGCUAUUGAUUUUAUAAACAACCAUGCACUUGAUGUUAUGGAAACUAGUGGCUUCAACGUCAUGGUUCGUUCACACCCGCAUUUAGUAGCUGAUGCUUUCCGUGCCCUCGCUGCUAUCCAGUCACCACCAUCAGGUCCUCCACGAAAAAGACUUAAAUCUUCCAGUUAACACAAAGUUUAACCAGCUGUAGGUGCCGCUCGAACCAAGUGUUGUUUUCUUGCAAGGAUUGUCUUCAAAGCACAGUUGUCUUGUUGAUUCAGAGGAGAUACAUGUUUGCCACCUGACAAGCUGCUUUACACCAACCGUAACGAAACAUGGUUGUUAUAGCUUAGUUAUAUUUUUGACAUCGAAAUAUUUGUUGGUAUAUGUUUUUCUGCAUCUUCGGUGAAUAACAUUUUUCCUCUUAUGAAGUUUAAUUUCAUGCAACGGCUAUUUCUUGUUAAAAUGAAAUGCAAGCUGCUAACAACAUAACCAAGCUAUCCUAGCAUUUGUGCAGUCUCAAUUGUUGGAUAAAUGGUGUGCGUUUCUGUUUUGGGAGAUAUUUCUUUAUACUGUGAAUUGAUAAGAUUUUUGUUUUUCCUAAUCGUUUUUUUUUUGCUUACUUUGUUCCAUUUCGAAUAGAAAACUGUAUGACUUUUAGGAUUCGGUUUAAAAUUACGAGAAUAUAAUUAUGUUGAAACUUAUUGGUUAUUAGCCCUUACCAUGCUAUAUUUUUGGGGCUAAACUGUUUUAAACAAAGUUUAUUGUGGCGAAAUAUUUUGAUUUCAGGUUCGGCUACUUCUAACACAAUUUUCUAAUAAAGCUAUGUGGGAAUA